UGCAACUAUUUGUAUAUUUCCGAAGGAGGGAAAAUUUCUGAAAUUAACUGAGUAUCCGUAUUUUGGCUUCUUUUUCGUCGAUCGGAGCCGUGUUGGCUUCACAGAAAUCUGAUCCAAUGUCUGCUGAAACUGUGAAAACUACUUCACAUGCAACUGAUCCAAAUGUUUCAAAUCCUGAAGUUGACAUGAUAAGUCCACAGUCCAAAAGAAUGAAGCAGGGGAGACUGGCUUUCAAACCACUAACGCAGAAAACAUUGACUGUUGUUCAAACUGUGUCCAAGGACUGCAAGAAAAGGAAACUUUCCGACCCGGACACGCCUCUUGCCAAACAACCAAAGUCGCUGAAACCAGUAGUAUCUGGGAAGUCAUCGCAGCCAGAAAAUGACAAUGAAGUCAGUUCAAGUUCAGAAGCCGACUUACACUGCGUUUGUUCUUCAUCUCGUCCAAUUAGCAGGAAUACUCUAGAACGCUUCGUUAGCUGUGUUCGAAAAGAGGAUGAUAUCACAUCUACUAAUGAUGUGAUUGAUCUUACCGAGAGUGUAUCAGACAGCGCAAAUCAAGGAAAGACAACUGGGGAUGUUCAUAGUUCUGAUGAACCAAUGGAAGUGGACAGUAACAAGGAAAAUGAGUCCGAGGUUAUUGUGCUUGAUAGUGUAACAGAAAACACAAGUUUGAUUGAUAAUGUUAGCAAAGUCAUUGAAACUGUGGCUUCUGAGACGUUUGAACUUAAGGGGAAAAAGUGUCUGUCACCAAAUAAAAGGAAAGCUGAAAAGAGUAUUGUGGAUAAGUCCCCAAGUGCGAAGAAUAUUCGUACACUUCUUGUCAAUUCUGUAAAUGUUAAGCCCGUUGAGAAAAUUAAAAUUCCAGAGAAUGAGAAAACAUCGAAGACCAGUGAAGAAACACCAAAGCAGUGUGUUCAACCUUCAAAUGUUGUUAAUGAAAUUCAUGACAAUUCUAAUUCAACCUUGACCUCAAGUGAGAGGACUUCAAAUGAAAAUCCUGUCAGUGUUUGUGUCGAUGAUAAGUGUACGAUAGAGAAACCAAGUAUUAAGUUGAACUCUAAGGCCAUUUGUACAAAAACUAAAUCCUCUGAUGAAACUGAGAAGGUCACUAAUAAGAUCUCAAAAGUCCCUGAAAAUGAAUUAAAAACCUUGGAUAAAUCUGAAGACACAUCUGAUAAACAUUCUUCAUCCCCAGAUAAUUCUAUCAAAUCUUCUGGUGAUUCUUUAAAUUCAACUGAUAAUCCCAAGAGUGUAGAUGGAGAGCUUGUUGAAAAAAAUGCUGACCCAGUGGAAUGCAGUUCUGAUUCUGGACACAUAACGACUCCAGAGACAAAAGAAAGUGGUUCAGGCGAAGCCUCCGAAACAGCGGACAGCAGCAUGGAUGACAGUGUGCUAGAGCUGUCAUCAUCAGUUGUCUCCCCUGUAACUGCAGAUGACAGCUUCAAGAGAGCCACAUCUGCGGGUAGUACACCGCGAACAUCCAAACCCAGAUCCAAGGUGAGCUCAGCAAAGAAAGCUGAGAGAGAAGCACAAAGACAGAAACGAAAGGAAGAAAAGGAAAGGGAAUUGCGAGAGAAAAAGAGGCUUAAGGAAGAGGCCAAGGCUGAAAAGGAACGUCUCAGGAAAGAAGAAAAGGACAAGAAAGAAAAAGAACGUGCCCUAAAGGAGCAAGAGAAACAGUUGAGGAGAGAACAGCUCGAGAAAGAAAAACUGGAGAAGCAGCAACAAAAGGAAGAAGAGAGAAAGAAGAAGCAGGAACUCCUAGAUGCUAAACAAGAGGAGAAGAAAAGGAAGGAUGAAGAGAAGAGGCUUAUUGAAGAGGAAAAACGGCAGAAAGAGGAGGAGAAGCAAAGAGAGGUGGAAGAAAAGCUUACACAGAAGAAAAAGAUGCAGGAGAACUUCCAGAGGUUCUUCACCAAACCCAAACCUACUCCUCCGGUUCGAAAGGUAGAUGAUGAACAGAGUGUUGGUAGGUUCAUGCCAUUUGAACUGAAGAAGGACAUGAAACUGGCUCCACAAACCUUUUGUCAGAUCUCUGAGGAGUCUAAACUUAAUCUUGACAAACACCUGGCUUCUCAGGUGCAGGAGAUAAGAACAGGGGAAAGGCAGCCUAAGUCUUGGAGCAGGGAUAACGAUGGGUGUGAGGAGGAAGAUGUGGUCCAGCAAGAGCAUGACUCUGAGCUAAUGAAGAAGGUUACCUAUCAUGUCAAGCUACUUCAGUUCCACACCAACUACAGACCACCAUACUACGGCACAUGGAGAAAGAAGAGCAAAGUUAUCUCCCCUAGGAAUCCAUGGAAAACAGACUCUGGGCUACUGGACUAUGAAGUGGACAGUGAUGAUGAGUGGGAGGAAGAAGAACCAGGGGAGAGUCUCUCUGCCUCAGAGGGAGAAGAAGAGAAAGAGGAGAACAAGGAGGAGGAUGGAGAGGAAGAGGAGGAUGGCUGGCUGGUUCCUCAUGGCUACCUGUCAGAGGAUGAGGGCUGUGUAGAGGAUGAGGAGGUGACACCAGAGAUGUUGAAGGCUCAGCAGACAGCCAAGUUAGUAGCCUGGGAAAGAGAACUGCAGCGUCAAUGUCAGCCCCAGAAAGCUGUCGUAUUUGGCUGCUUCUGGACUUCACAAGACACUCCACACCCAGAGGAGGCUCAACAGAUGUUAGCUCAGUUCAAGGCUGUGGUAUUGAAUGACCCUGGCCAUCCCAUCCCCACCACGUAUACCAGGGCAGAAAAAGCCAAGCUGGAGGGAGGGGCUAACCAGGAAGGGCUUGACAAACAGGGGGACACACCCUCCAGCAAGGGACAAAUGAAGAGACCUGUCCCAGAGGAAGCCAUGCCUGAUCUGAUUCGCUUGGUUCAUGGGAAUCCUCUUGGGAUUAAGAGACUGGUUGAGGAAUUCAGGGUGUACUGGGCACGGAAAAUCUCACAGUCAUUCAGCGAAGAGGGAACAAAAUCGGACGGGAAGGAAGAUGACAUGGAUGUGGAUGAAGUGCCACAGGGGUCUUCGGAUGCACCUCCUACUUCUUGCGCUGAAGUGUCCGGAACGCCCAUUAAAGUUGAUGACGAUAAAGACGAAUGCAACAUUUCCAAACGGCAGACGGAAAUUCGGAUCGCUGCUAUUGCUGUUCGAGAGAAGCGUUCGUUGUGUAAGAAGAUCUGCUGGUAUGUCCAUGAUAGCAUUCUUAAGCAGUAUAACCUCAGUCAUCUACCUGUGCCAUGUGAAUGGCAGUACUUGACCAUUCCUAACAGACGGGAGACAACAGACAACAUGAACACAUCAGGUAGGAAAACUCCAAACAGCAAGAUGUUUGCCACGGCGUCCCCUGCUGCACAAUUGGCCUCCCCCGCAGAUCUGAAGGAGAAGGCAGAUGCCCCAAAACGUCCCAGCGACCAGUUGUCCAUAACGUUUUUCACGAAAGCUAAAGACGAAAUCAUGAAAGCCAAACUACCAGAGAUAGCAGGCAUAACGGAGAGUGAAUCAGUUCAACCAGUGCCCAAAGAAUCUACUGGACAAAUAAGAUCAGGACCAUGUCAUCCAUUAGAGCCAACUGUCAUUAUUCAUGAAGACAAACUACCUCUGAGAAAUGACCAGGCACCCGUAAACGCAAGCUGUCAAAACCUUUCUCCAUCAUCAAAAACAGAAACAUUGAAAUCCCAGACGCCAAAAGUAUCAUCUGAAUACAGUGCUACAGAAGUUAUCUGCCUGGACUAAGAUGCUUUUUUAAUAGGUUAUUACUACAUGUUUUCACAUGAACUUUAAUUUACCCUAAAUAAGUAAUAGUAGAUUUAUCCUCGACAGUAAAGAUACCAUGUGUAUUCUAUCAAACUUCAGGACAUAUUUAUCAUUUUAGAUAGGACAAAUUUAUAAUUGGGGCCAAAAAAUAGUUACUUAUACAUGUAGCUCUUUAUAAGUGUAGUUUUAAAAAUUUUUUGUACUAUAAUAUCAUUCAUC